AUGUCAUUACCGAGCAUUUCCACUUUACUUCAAGUUUUCGAGAUUGUCAAGGAGCAAGCGCAGGGUCACAGCCUCUCUGCGCCUCUGUUCGCUUUAAUAGCCGUCGCUCGACUCCUGUAUCAACGCAGACAAGCACAAUUAGAGCAGCUGUGUGAAGAUCAACAUCGUCAUCGAUACUUAAUCAAAGGCCCUGGAGCCGAAGAUGACCACAUUGACGAAGAAGGGAAUUAUCGAAGUAAAGUUUCUCCUCCUGUUCCAGAGUGGAAUGUCGUGGCCGAAGACGACACCAAGACCCUGUCACUGGUAUACUAUCCAGAAGAGGAGGUGAGAGAGGAGACACCAGAAGAAGACAUGGAAUCGCCCUUAGAGAAAGUUUUAAUUCUCGUGAUCCCGGGAAACCCGGGGAAUCCGUACUACUAUCUAUCACUGAUGCAGGAACUCGUCAAGAAGCACGGACGUCGUCAUGAAAUCCGCUGUUUAUCGCACGCGGGUCAUGUGAUGCCCUGGAAAAAUCACAAUCGAGAUUUCACGCUGCAGGAGCAAAUAGACCAGAAGGCAUUCUACGUUAAGCAGAGACUAUGUGAAGAGCCGACACUGCGUCUUGUGGUUAUUGGACAUUCGAUUGGGAGCUACAUCACUUUGGAUAUCGCGAAGAGAUUUCCUCAGAACAUUGCGAAGCUGGUGCUGAUGCAACCUGCGAUCAUGCACAUCGCAUUGUCCCGCAAAGGCAAGCAAUUCAUGGCAGUGGUGAACAACUACGAGUUUAUAGUAAUGUUCAUAGCUGCUAUCGAUUACAUGGUGCCCAUAUCGCUACGUCGAUGGAUGGUGAGACGUUCGGUUGGGUCUCAUGCUGAAGAAACAGUGCGACUGGCAUCUUUGUCGCUUGUGAACUCCUGUGUUAUUCAGAACGUACUGGGGAUGGCAGCGAACGAGAUGGCAGAAGUUGUCGAAUUGGAUGAGGAGUUGGUCACACGACAUGAAGACAAGAUUUUAUUUGUCUACUCAACUGUGGAUGAAUGGGUGCCGGGGGAGUUCAUGCAAGAGUUCCAAUUGCGCUUUGUGAAUGCACAGCAUCGAGUCGUACCUAAUCGUCAUGCCUUUAUGAUGGAGCUUGAUGGUACUCGCAACGUGACGGAGCAUAUCUCGCAAUGGAUUGCUGUUAUUCUGGACGAGAAGAAGGAAAUCAAAAUCAAAAUUUGCGACUAAGGUGUAUUUCACUUCCUUGAAAAACUGUAUUUUUAAACAAAACAAGUUUUCCAAAUUGUAC